AGAAACCAGAAACCAACCCAAACCACAAACCGAUCGUAUUGGUGUUGACCCGAGAACCAGAGCCUUCAAAACGGCAGCCACAAUUUCCAGCGCAGGAUUAGGAGACAUCGCCGCGGGAGCCAAUCCGUACGCUGAUCUCCACCAGCAUUCGCAUCAUUCGCACCCGCAUCCGCACUCGCAUCCACAUCCGCAUCCAUUCGCUAGUGCAGCGCCCCUGACCACCACCGACGGCUUCAAGCUGCGCUCCGAGGAACCGGUGCCGGGCUUCAGCUCGGCCUCCCCCUGGCCCACCCUGGAACUGGGCAUGGACUGGGGCCGGAAGCUCUAUCCGAGCGCCGUCUCCGGCCCACGUUCCGCCGGUGGCUUGAUGUUCGGCCUACCGCCCACCGCCGCCGACAUGAACCAGCCCCGGGGACCGAUGACCUCGCUCAAGGAGGAGCCCCUGGGCAGCCGGUGGGCCAUGCAGCCCGUCGUCGAUCAGAGCAAUUUGGGCAUCGGCCGCGCCCACUUUGAAAAACAGCCGCCCAGUAAUCUGCGAAAGUCGAACUUCUUUCACUUCGUGAUCGCCCUCUACGAUCGGGCUGGGCAGCCCAUCGAGAUCGAGAGGACGGCCUUCAUAGGAUUCAUCGAAAAGGACUCGGAGUCGGAUGCCACCAAGACGAACAAUGGCAUCCAGUACCGAUUGCAGUUGCUCUAUGCCAAUGGAGCCCGCCAGGAACAGGACAUAUUCGUGCGCCUUAUCGACUCGGUAUCCAAGCAGGCCAUCAUAUAUGAGGGCCAGGACAAGAAUCCCGAAAUGUGUCGAGUCCUGCUAACGCACGAGGUGAUGUGCAGCCGCUGCUGUGAUAAAAAGAGCUGUGGUAACCGCAACGAAACGCCAUCGGACCCCGUCAUUAUUGAUCGCUUCUUUCUCAAGUUCUUCUUGAAGUGCAACCAGAAUUGUCUGAAGAAUGCCGGCAACCCGCGGGACAUGCGCCGAUUCCAGGUGGUCAUCUCCACACAAGUGGCCGUUGAUGGACCAUUACUGGCCAUCUCCGACAACAUGUUCGUGCACAAUAACUCGAAGCACGGACGAAGGGCCAAGCGACUGGACACCACGGAAGGUACAGGCAACACAUCCCUGUCCAUUUCCGGUCACCCCCUAGCGCCCGACAGUACCUACGAUGGACUGUAUCCACCUCUGCCAGUGGCCACGCCCUGCAUCAAGGCCAUCUCCCCCAGCGAGGGCUGGACCACCGGCGGCGCCACGGUCAUCAUAGUGGGUGACAACUUCUUCGACGGCCUGCAGGUGGUGUUCGGCACCAUGCUGGUCUGGAGCGAGCUGAUCACCUCACACGCCAUCCGGGUGCAGACUCCGCCGCGUCACAUUCCCGGCGUGGUGGAGGUCACGCUCUCCUACAAAAGCAAGCAGUUCUGCAAGGGAUCCCCUGGACGCUUCGUCUAUGUCUCAGCUCUCAACGAACCCACAAUCGACUACGGUUUCCAGCGUCUGCAAAAGCUCAUUCCCCGGCAUCCCGGCGAUCCAGAGAAGCUCCAAAAGGAGAUCAUACUGAAACGGGCAGCCGAUCUGGUCGAGGCUCUCUACUCCAUGCCGAGAUCCCCGGGCGGUUCCACGGGCUUCAAUUCAUAUGCCGGCCAGCUGGCGGUUAGUGUGCAGGAUGGCAGUGGUCAGUGGACCGAGGACGACUACCAACGCGCCCAGUCGAGCAGUGUGAGUCCGCGUGGCGGCUACUGCAGUAGCGCCUCCACGCCGCACAGCUCGGGAGGAUCAUAUGGAGCAACUGCGGCCAGUGCAGCAGUGGCAGCCACCGCCAAUGGAUAUGCCCCCGCUCCGAACAUGGGUACACUGUCCUCCUCGCCCGGCAGUGUCUUCAACUCCACGUCAAGGGUCAGCAGCCUGAGUUUCAAUCCCUUCGCCCUGCCCACCUGCAACACCCAGGGCUAUAGCACCAGUCAACUGGUGACGUCAACCAAAUAAUAUUACUACUAAAUGAGGCUAUUGGCAGGCCACCAUCACCACCACCACAACCCUCCCGAUCACCACCUCCCGAGAUGACCGACUUCGCCCCGCCAAUCAAAAAAAAAAGAAGCUCGAAAGUGCAAUAAACAACAGAAAAUGGUUCCAAAAUUCAUAUAAAUCGAUCGAUAUAGUUGUACAUGUUUUAAAUCGAAGCCCGUUAUAUUUUAUUUUAUUCGAAUUAUUCUCGUUUAUCGGGGAACCCAUACUUAUACAUAUAGAAUACCAUAUCAAUGUAAUGGGGAGGCAUAUCAUGCAAUGGGGCUCAAGAUCGGGCAAUUAAACAGAAAAUAAUUAUUGAUUAAAUAAAUCAUGUAAAUACUAUCCAAAAGAAUAAAAAUAAAAUAAAGCCUAACUAUAAUCGGAACUGUGAAUAGAGGAAAUUAUUACAAUUUAUAUACCCAUGAUGAUUGAUCAAUAUUCAAAAUACGAAUUCAGAUAUACCAAAAAACAGAUCAAAUUUGAAGCAACUUUUGGACAUAACUAACUGCUUGUAUACGACACUUUCUUGGAUUAAUAUUGAAACAAAAUAAAAAAAAAAAACAUAAAACAAUUAACGUCGAAAAGUACUCUCUGCCAAUUGAGAAAACCGAAAUCAAAAUGAUAUAUACCUACAUAGAUAUACAAGACGUAAUCGCAGCAUAUCUAGCGUAAUAUUACAAAACAAAUUUAUACCAAAAUUUUGGCAAACAUAUCGUGCACUUAGUCCUAAUAUUCAUUUCACGCAAACCACAUACACCCGCCACCAGUUCACAUACUCGAACAUAUUUUGUAUAAUGCUCAUCGUAUUCACUGUUCAAAAUUCAUAUUUGACUAACACCAAACAUCAUCAUAAGAUAUAAAUUUUGCUAUUCAAGUCAGAGUGUUGGAUAAACUACCGAUUUGUUGACUAGCAUUUAAGCCUAGGCAGACAUCAAUGCGCAAACAUAUAGUAUACAUAUGGUAGGCUUAAGAUUAUUGUUUAUUAUUCGAUUUGUAGGGGUUUUACUGUAAUUUGUAUCUGUAUUGUAUCAUAAUGUAUGCGCUUGCACUCCUAGAUCUAAACGAGACACCAAUACCGGACUCGACUUGGGGACUCGAGAAGCGAAUCCAAUACGAUAGUAAAGCAUAAUUAUAAGAACCAGCAGCAUAAACAGCAGAACUUUAGCCGCAAAAUCGAUUUGUACAUUAAAAUACAAUAAUUUAUAAUAACAAUCUAGCAACGCUCUCUGUUUUGUAAAUCUUAACAAGUUAUUUAAAUAAAAUUUAUUUAAAAUAAACGUCAUAAACAAGAAAA